UGUAUAUGAGCGCAGGCGGCGGGAUCUCUCUCCCUUUUACCGCCAUCGGAGCGGAGUGUCUUUCUUCCACCCGGACCUCAUCACUGCGCAGCCCCGCUUCACCACCUCCGGCCGCACAGCGAAGCAUCACUCGAGACUCAGCUGAAAUGGCAGACAUCGACAACAAAGACCAGGCUGAGAUGGACCCGGCAGAUAUGGAGGAUGUGGAGGAUGUGGAAGAAGAGGAGACAGGAGAGGAUGAAAACAGCAAAGCUCGUCAGCUGACCGUGCAGAUGAUGCAGAACCCACAGAUCCUGGCCGCGCUGCAGGAGAGGCUGGACGGUCUGAAUGGCUCGCCGUCAGGGUACAUGGAGAGUUUACCAAAGAUCGUAAAGAGACGCGUGAACGCCCUGAAGAAUCUGCAGGUCAAAUGUGCCCACAUCGAGGCUAAGUUCUACGAGGAAGUACACGAACUGGAGAGAAAGUACGCCGCCCUCUACCAGCCCCUCUUCGACAAAAGAAGCGACAUUGUGAAAGCAGCCUAUGAGCCCACAGAUGAGGAGUGUGAAUGGAAGGCAGAUGAGGAGGAAGAGCUGACAGUAAGUAAGCAGGACGAGAUGAAGGAGAAAGCCAAGCUGGAGGAGGAGAAGAAGGACGAGGAGAAGGAAGACCCCAAAGGAAUACCCGAGUUCUGGUCAACGGUUUUCAAAAAUGUGGACCUGCUCAGCGACAUGCUGCAGGAACACGACGAACCCAUCCUCAAACAUUUACAAGAUAUUAAAGUAAAGUUCUCAGACCCAGGACAGCCCAUGAGCUUCACGUUAGAGUUCCUCUUUGAGCCCAACGACUUCUUCACAAACACACUGUUGACAAAAACCUACAAGAUGAGGUCAGAGCCCGACGAGAGCGACCCGUUCUCCUUCGAUGGUCCGGAGAUCAUGUGCUGCACAGGCUGCACGAUUGAUUGGACAAAGGGCAAAAAUGUUACGUUGAAAACAAUCAAGAAGAAACAGAAGCACAAGGGCCGCGGCACGGUGAGGACGGUCACCAAAACCGUCCCCAACGACUCCUUCUUCAACUUCUUCAGUCCCCCAGAGGUUCCAGAAAGUGGAGAGUUGGAUGAGGACUCGGAGGCGGUCCUGGCUGCAGACUUUGAGAUUGGCCACUUCAUCCGUGAGCGUAUCGUUCCCCGGGCUGUGCUCUACUUCACAGGAGAGGCCAUCGAGGACGACGAUGACGACUACGAUGAGGAGGGAGAGGAGGCAGAUGAUGAGGAAGGAGAGGAGGAGGCAGAUGAGGAGAAUGACCCUGAUUAUGAUCCCAAGGUUUAAGUGAUGACAGUAGAAAAAUAACCCUAUCCUGAAGGAUGCAGCCCCCCCAGCUGAGUGCAAGCAGCAGUGAAACCUGGCCCGGCUGCCUCGAGGAUCAACUGCACUGUAACGGCUUCUCAAAUCUUAAAAUAAAAGAAGAAAAAAAACCACCACAGAUUGAAACAGAAAAUAGUUACUUACCGCCUUAUAAUGUUUUGUAUUUUUCUUGGUAGAGAAUUUGAAGAAGAAAAGUUUCAAGAUUUUUGUUACAAAACUUACGGUAAUAUACUGGGAGCUGCGAGGCUCGAUAUACAUAGUAUUUUACUAGACCUGUCAUCUCUUUUGUCUGUACGAUAGCUGUAAUACAGGAUAAAAAACUCCCUCAAGUAAGCAUGAAUCGUCUCUUCACUGCUAAAACUAGUUUGGGUUCUUGUGAAGUCUUUUGUUGUAUUUGCUCUUAGACAACAGCUGUGGUUUAGACUGUCAAAUUACACCCUUCAUCCCGCCCCCCCCUUUUCUCCUACCAAAGCUCCUGGUUGGUCAGCUCUGGUCGUCCCACGUGGAACAUUUUUACCUUCUAAGCGGGGCGUUGAGUGUAAAAAGCACUGUAGCAUUGUUUUCGGAGGACAGUUUAAUCUCUGCUGAGCGUCGGAUCUACUUUUCCCCCUCUCGACACAUUCCAGUACGCAGCUUCUCCACAAACUGGACGGACUGAUCUCAAAUUGAACCAAAAAACUGAAGUUUGUUUCGCCCCCUUUUUUCGUCCUGGGUCGAGUCUCUUUAACAUUCCAGAGAGUUCUUAGGCUAGCAGUGGCGCUGUCUUUCCUAUAGCACUUUGUAAUAGCGUGUGUGGCGUCCUAUCGGUGGUUAGCUGUCCCGGUUUCUCCUUGUAAGCAGCACUUAGUAGAGCCCCCCCCCCCGUGGAGACUUGUGCUAUCUGGGUUUUAAAAAAAAGUGCAUUGCCUUCUCUCACCGGUGCAGGAUGAGGCUCUGUCGGACCAGGUGUGGGCAGAUGUAGCACAGAUUAUGAAGAUGGAAGUAUAAACCAGGUUUUCACCCCCCCCCCCCCCCCCCUUUUUUUUUUUUUACCUCAUGUCACUAAUCGGUGGCUGGUCAGGUGAGUAAAACCAGACCUCAGCUCAGCCCCUGAGGUCUUCAUCACUGUGAAAGAAAGAGGGGAAGAGGCCAUUGUUUUGACCAACCUCCCUCCCUCCACUCCUUCCUCUGUUAACCCAGAAAGCCACGGGGGAAGCAUGUCUGAGCAAUACUUAGAAAAAAGCCAGGAGGUGGGAGAAUAAACCGUAGCCCCCCCCCCCCCCCCACCCAUCUUUAAUAAUGCCUUUUUAGUUGAGGACAGCCAGGUGCUGGUUGUGUGGAGAGCCAGGGUACUUCUCCUUCUGCAGGGAGUAUUCAGAUCAGGUUCAUUGGAGAGCGUGUGUGUAGGGUCCUUCUGAGCAGCUGUUGUCAAGGCAAAAUGCUAUGCUACAAAAAUACUAAUGUACUCAAUAACUGUACGUGUAUGUUCCUUCAUAAAUUGGUUAACCAUGA